CCUAAGGAAAGUCAUCAACAAGACAGAAGCAGGCAGAUUUCACAAGCUUUGGGAAUGCUAGAGUUUUGAUAUGCUCAACCAUCUUCAGAAAAGGGUGAUAAUAAGCUGGCACCUGGUUUGCCCCCUGUUUUUAUUUCUAAGCUUUUCUCCAUAGCCUUCCAAGGCCAAGGUAAUUUCCAAGCAGUUUGGUUUAUAGCUCUUUCCACAGUCCUUAACAUCUCAACUUCUGUACCCACCUUCCAUGCUGAAUGCAACAUUCCCAUCUAUUCUAUUAGCCUUUCUAUAUAAUUCUUUUAUUUUAUCUCCCAACUUAUUAUUCACAAUUUGAACCUACCUUGCCCUUUCUUUAAAAUAUCUGAAAAAGCAUAUCUGAGGAUAAAUGUCAUCGUAAAGUCAGCAGUUUUACAGGGCUUUGGUCUUGUAAUGAACAUGUGUGGAUGUUUGGCACAUGAGCAUACACCGUCCAACAGGAUUUCUGCAUUUGUAACAACGGAACUUGAGACUGAGCACUUCACAGACGCACCAUCCAUGAAGCUUCUCUUGGUUUUAGUGUUACUUUCCACCCUGCUGGAGAGUUGCUACAGCCUCCAGAACUGUACCAACCUAUGUCACAAGCAUGCAAAAUGUGAAGUUCGCAAUGGAAUCCAUGGUUGUUACUGUAGCCCAGGAUUCACCGGACCUGGGAUAGAUGCAGAUGGCAAUGAAGGUUGCUAUGAUGAUAAUGAAUGUGCCAAUGCCACACAACUUUGUGGAGAAAAAGCAAACUGUACAAACACCAUGGGAAGUUACUUCUGCACGUGUAAAGCUGGAUACAAGUCUAGUAAUGGGAACACAAGCUUUGUAACCAACGAUGGUACUUCUUGUAGAGAUAUAGAUGAGUGCAGUGAACUGGGAACUGGUGCCUGUGGAGAUCAUGCAAAAUGUGACAAUGUGGAUGGAGGAUAUAGCUGCACCUGUAAUGAAGGUUAUCAACCAUCCACAGGAAAAUUACAGUUUAAGCCAUACAAUGGCACUUCCUGCCAAGCAAUACCAACAACAAACUGUGAAUUGAACGACUGUAUAGCUAAAAACAUUAACCAGACUUUAGCUAAAAUUAGAGAAUUAAAAGAUCCUCUGGCUGUAUUACAAGAAAUCAAUAAGAACAGCGUAGGACCAAUUUCACCAGUAGAAGUAAUUUCUUAUGUUGAAAUGUUAUCUGUAUCUUUUUCCUUGCUAAGUGUCACAAAUUACACAAUUUCUGAUGAGAGACUUCGGAAUCAAACUCUUAAUGACUUUGUCACUACUGUAAAUAAUUUUGUUCAGGAAGAUAAGAAAGCAGCUUGGGAAGCUGUCCCAGCAGAUAACAGAAGAAGAAGUCUCACUAAAUUGAUGCAUGCUACUGAGGAAACAAUGGCCUUCAUCUCUCAGAAUUUCCCAAAGAUGGCAGAAGUAGAGGUUAAUGCUAGUGAUUUGGCUGUAAGACUUUAUACUUUUGACAUACAGUACAUAAGCCUCAUCAAUGAAAAUAUCCAGAUGGGAGGAGAUAGUAUAAAGGUCUCUGCAAAGAAAAAGGAAACAUCUGCUUCUAAAGGCACCGUUGCAGUUGUGUUUCUGCGAUAUGACAAUAUUGGAGCUCUGCUUUCAUUAUCACAGAACUUUUCACUGAAAGAAAAUACAGAGCAUGGAGAAACAGUAGGUUCAUCAGUUAUAGCUGUUACAAUUAAGUCCACUCCACCUAGGCUGUAUCCAGUUGAGAAAAUAACAUUUACUUUAAAACAUACACAGACUGUAGGCAAAAGAGAUGUUAAGUGUGUCUUUUGGAAUUAUUCAGAAGACACAAUGGAAGGGAACUGGGCCACAGAAGGAUGUGAGAGGACCCAGUUCAAUAGCACACAUACGUCAUGCAGAUGUAACCAUCUUACUCAUUUUGCUGUCUUAAUGUCUUCAAAUGGCUCUAAAGUUGAAACUAAGGAUUAUAUUCUUACAAGAAUCACUCAGCUUGGAAUAAUUAUCUCAUUGAUUUGCCUCGCCAUAUGCAUUUUCACAUUCUGGUUCUUCAGUGAAAUCCAAAGUACGAGAACAACAAUUCAUAAAAAUCUCUGUUGCAGCCUUUUCCUGGCAGAACUUAUUUUUCUGAUUGGAAUUAACAUGAACACUAAUAAGCUAUUUUGUUCCAUCACUGCUGGAUUGCUCCAUUACUUCCUCUUAGCAGCAUUUGCAUGGAUGUGUAUCGAAGGCAUUCACUUGUAUCUUAUAGUUGUUGGAGUAAUCUACAAUAAAGGAUUUUUACACAAGAAUUUCUAUAUCUUUGGCUACGUAAGCCCAGCAGUGGUGGUUGGCAUUUCUGCUGCACUGGGAUACAAAUAUUAUGGAACAACUGAUGUAUGUUGGCUCAGCACAAAGAAUAACUUCAUAUGGAGUUUUAUAGGACCAGCAUGUCUAAUAAUUCUUGUUAAUUGGAUGGCAUUUGGAGUAAUUAUCUAUAAAGUCUUUCGUCAAACAGCCAUGCUAAAGCCAGAAGUUAGCUGCUAUGAAAAUAUAAGAUCCUGUGCACGAGGAGCACUUUCUCUCCUUUUUCUCCUUGGUGUUACCUGGAUUUUUGGCGUGCUCCAUGUCAUCCAGGGAUCAGCAGUUACAGCAUAUCUCUUCACAAUUUUCAAUGCAUUUCAAGGACUGUUCAUCUUUAUAUUUCUUUGUGUGUUGUCCCGAAAAAUCCAGGAUGAAUACUCCAGGUUGUUCAGAAAUGUCCCUUGCUGUUUUAGAUGCUUAAGGUAAAUUGAUGGAAAGCCAAGAUGAGCAGCACUGUGGAAGAAAGCAGAAAACAAGAGGCUUUCGAAAAAUUGCUAUAUUGUGAAAGUAUGAAAUGAGCUACUGAGCUGUCAUCUCUCUUAAAUCAAUUAUUUUCUCUCCGGUAUAGAUUUUGUACUUAAUGUGCACUCAGGCACACUAUAUUGUGUACAAAACUGCAUAUCUGUACAAGACAGACUGGUUUAUUGUGUAACAAAUAAGUCUUCUAAAGGAGCCCAGGACUCUUCAGGGCAAACAGCUAAAGCUUGAAAGGGGGUAAAGUAAAUCCAAGAUGCAAAGCUGUUUUUGGGAGCAGAUUUGCUCUUCAUUUCAUACCUGAUGACUUGGGCAUGAAAUAAUUUCACUUAUUCCUGUUUAAAGAAAGUAAAGCCCAUUAGAGGGUUAAUAAAAAGAGUUUACAUUUAUCAAAAUAUCAUGUUCCCCCUUUAAAGGAGCUAGGUUAAGAAAAUAGCAAUGUGUGAAGUUCUUUAGUUCUCUUGCUAGCUGAAAGUUUAGAUGGAAGUCUUUGCAGACUUCUAUUAGCUAAUCCUGCCCUGUCCAGUGGUGGUGCAUACUAAUCAUUCAUUGGCCCCAUGGGAUGGGAAAGACUCUAUGUGCCUAUCAGUACAGGGCUAAGGAUAUAAAGGAAAUCUGCCACACAGUUCUUUUAAAGUAAAUGAUCUGCCAAUAUGGGUUUCUGUCAUGACAUGGACAACAGGGAUACACAGCAAAAAUAUUCAUUUUUCCCACCUCAAACUUUUUAUUCAAAACAACAUAUCUAUACAACAAAGAAAAGGGGUGAAACUCCUUAUAGUUGGAGAGAGAUGGGCAUUUUAAAAAAAGGCUUUUCUUCUGAAGAAACUGCAUUAAAAUAUGCAUUAGGGCAAUGUUCUGUAUAACACGAGUGUGGAACAUAGUUGAAAGAACUGUGCAAAGCAUACUGAUGUGACAAAGUACCUCUUCUUAAACUGGUAAUGAAGCCAGGUCCUGCAGAAUGCGCAGCAUGGCCACUUUGAAAGCUUCACCCAGUUGCAUGCGCACGCACACGCACACACACGCAAGAACUCAUGAUAUUGAUGUACCGCCCCACAUCCAACACUGCAGUCACAGCUAUUGUGGUGAAACUGGUAAUGACAUUAGGUGGGAAACAACCACCAAAACUCCAAAGUAAGAUCUAAGUCAACAUUUUAAGAACUGGACCAUUGCCAUCUAACUAGGUCUGGCAAGAAGAAAAGUAGGCCUGUGUGAACUGACUUAAAUUUGCUUUAAUGAAUUGACUUGGGUUAUGGAGGCAAUGUGAUUUGUUUUGCUGAGGUGAAGAAAGCAUCCAGAUUCCUUUGCCAAAGUAAUGUUGGUAGCCUCAAACAACGUUAAGGCUGGCUGGAAUCUUUUCACGCAAGGCUAAUUUGAGAUUGCCCAAAACAAGCAUUUGACCUUCCCAGCCCAGAUGACCUUUAAAGCAUAUGCUAAUGGUCUUUAAACUGGCCAUUCCAGGACAUGGUGCCCAACCCGAAUGUCCAUCAGACCAUACCAUAUGUAGUUACAGAUGUGCCUCCUCCUAACUGCGGUUGUGUGUAUGUUGCAUGUAUAUGUGAAAACUGCAUUGUAUAUAACAAAUAUGCUCCCAGAAAGAACUCUUCAAGCCAGUAUGAUCAUCAGAAGACUAAUUUCAGUGUAUAAACUCAUUUGAAAUCUACAAAUAAGAGGUUUUCCAGAAAUGCAGAAUUUCUCCAGGAGGCUACAGUAAGAAACAAAUUUAGAGAACCGAAUAAAUGAGAGCUGAACCUUAAUGCUUAGAUGUAAGUGUAAAUCUGCUUAUUGGAUUAAAUAAAUCCUUUAAAUUAAAAAUAUCAAGGAGAAUGUCGCUGUUUUCCAAAUGCCAGAGCAUCUAUAUAAUAAUAAAUCAAAUCUAUGUUAACAAGAA